AUGGCCUUCGCCAAUGGUGUGUAUCAGAUGCAGCCGUUGUACAAGCUGGCCAUCCUGACGCUAGCUAGCCACGCCCCUGGCCUUGCCGGCCUUGUUGCAUUCCAAUACAUCGCCUUCAAGCGAUCUCUCAGCGAGGUCUCCCUCCGAGAUGGCUCUGUGAUGCUAUGGUUUUCCAUGUUCGCCAUCGCGGCUUUCACCUGCAGCGCCGUGCUCGCGAGCACAUCGUUUAUGCUCGCAGAUUACUUGCGGCGGAUAGCCAUUGACAAAGCCAUGUCACAAGGUUUCGGGCUCCAACUCCCUGCCAAAAACAUUAGGCAGAACCGCAUCGGAGUUUCUACCGUCUUCUUGGCCUUCGUGAACUUGGCAUUGCUGCUCGUGGAGCUUUGGCAGAGUGUGGUCUUUCACAGACUGUCCUUGAAAGACGUGCCUUUAGAAGGUAUCCAGCGCGUGGUGCCGCUGGGGCUGUACCUAGCGAGCCUGGCCGGACUUGCGCGGUCGCCAAAGGUGCGAUGGCAUGAAUGUCAGUGGCUCAUGCGAAACGUGCGACCACUUCCGACUUACCUGCUGAUGAUGGAAAGAGAAGACAACGAGCAGGUUCAAUGGUAUCAGGCAUGGAUACGGCAGAAGAUCCGCAGAGUCCGUCAAUCGUCAAGGGAAGAAGGCAUCGAGCUCACAUCUCGCAACAGAGCCGACGAGGUCAGCGCCUCAAUCCCAGCACUGGAGCCUGACGUGUCUGACAAGUUUUUCGCGGAUCUGCCUUCGCUGAUUGAAAAAGUUCCUGCUCUCAUAUCUCACCGCCGUGGUGCACUGCCAGUACACCUGCUCCUGGUCCUCGUCUUUCUAGCAUUUCUGUUGUAUCUCCCAGCCGCUAUGCUCCAGAUUUACAAGAGGCUUUUCAUGCCACAGAUCAACAACUUCGAAGUUCAUGGCGGCAACUUCUUCGAGGAGGACACGGGCAAGGUGAACUACUGGAUCGUGCCGGACGAGGGUCAAGAUCAGGUGGUGCUGCGCUUGACAGCGGACGCGUCCACAGCCAGCUCCUUCUAUGUUUGCCCAGGCGACAGCUGUUCGGAGCCCCUGCGCAGGAAAGCGACCAUGCGGCUGAACUCCCAGCAGCUCACCAUGGAGCUGUCGCGCGAGAAGUUCGGCAUGCGGAGCUCCUUCAAGUUACGUGGAUUCUUUACUCGCACCGUCUACGUGGCCGUGGUUGAUCUCCCGAAGGUUCAGAUCACUCUUGGGACCAUAAGCAAGAAUGCUGUGGUGAGCGGCCAGCCAUCCAUGUUCAGGGGCAGAUUCCCCAGUGAGAGGUUCCAAGGGGCCUUGGAGGCUGUGAGUUUUGACUUCACGGCCGACCGGCGUUUCUUUGACUUCGACCUGCGAACCUCGACGCUCGCAACGACGUCCAACCCCACACACGGAGAUCCGAGCUGCAAAGCCUCUUCAGCUGACCAGAUCACCUGUAAGAUCUCGGAUUUUCAGCAGUGGUGUUCGAAGGCCUGUGAUCUCUCGGCGGAGUUGUCCAUGAAGUUUGGCACAGAGCGGCUGGAGAAGCCCCUAAGGCUGAGAAUGGAGGUUCGGAGCUCGGAGCUGUUUCAUCUCCAGGAGGUCCUGGACCUCCAGCGGAAGCUGGACGUGACGCCGGAGCUAGCGAGUCUCCGGCGGGAAAGGAACUCCCUGCUUAGAGAGACCUACGAUUUUUCCAGGCGUCACCAGAAGAGAAACGGUCUGGAGCAGACGAACAUCCUGUUGACUGGACUUACCGGGGCAGGCAAGUCGUCUGCAUGUCGCUUCUUGACGAUGAACGAGUCGUGCAGGUACUCUAACAGCUGGAGUUCUCACACGAAAAAUGUCUCUGAGAUUAGUGGCCACGCCUUCGGAGAUGAGUUGCAACCUCGCUUGAACGUUUUCGACAUUCCCGGUUUUGGUGACACGGAGGGCCCAGCCGUGGACGAGCGACAGUUCAGCGAAACCAUCAAUUACUUGGCUGAUACAGAAGGGCUGGAUGCCAUCUUCUGGGUCGUCAACGGCGCCAUUCGCCGCAAGCUGGGCGUCCGCCGAUACAUGUUGCAGCAGUACAGGAAAGCAUUCGGCUCCCAAUUUCUUGGGAAGCUGCACGUCAUCGUCAAUUUCGUUCCGUGGAUGCCGUAUGCCACUCAAGAGCAGCUAAUGAGCAAGUGGAUCGAGGAGUUCAGGGCGUUUCUGCUUUCAGAGGAGCAGGAGCUCAUGCAGGACGCAUGGGAGAUGGUGGCAGACCGAGCAAUGGGAAUUAUCAGUAGUAGCCUGAAAGUUCGCAUCGUGGACAUGAACCCCGUGUACUUAGAGGAGAAGCUCCCUGUCCCGCUGUCUGCUCCCAUGGUCCACCGCCUACCGCCCUACUCCACGCCCAUGAACCUCGUGGAGUUGCUGGAUGCAGUGCACGCAGUGGCCGAUAUCCGGAGAUCUUCUGGCAAAAGGCUUGUAGUGAAUGCUGCGUGCCCGCUCCGUGGCUAUGGCGAGGUGGACAAAAGCCGAACGAGCAGCGAGACGCAAGCAAUUCAGGAUGGGCCCCUGUUAACAGUGAAGCUGGAGGGUGAAUUCCUGGGCAGGGGCGACAGUCUGCUAGCCCAGUCCGCCCGCUUUGCGUGCGGUCAGGCCCCAGCUGACGCAGACGCCGUGGUAAUUUUGAACCAAAGCGCCCAUGAGACUUCGAUCUUUGCGGCGCUGCUUCCUUACCAAGUCUCUGCGUGGCCCGGAGUGCGGCUCUGCUUCCGUGAAGCGCCUGGGGAGCCGGAGACGGCCGCGGAUGUGUUGCGACACUGCCAAGAAGCUGGCAUGCUGGAGCUGGAGCGUUCUGCCUGGCCCGAGAACGAACGGUAUGAGCUGAUUCAGACCUUGAGCGAGGCAAAAGCAACGAUCAACGCCGCGGUCUUUGGUUAUGAUAGCUUUGAUCAUGUGUACCUGGCAACUGCAGCUGAAGAUGGCGACUUGCGGGUGUACAACAAGCUCUUCAAGCAAGACGGCAAGGAACAUUAUUGGCUGCGAGCAGAGCAAACCGAGAAGGUGCGCAUCGUCUCACUGGCAGUGUCGCCUGGGGUGCAGGAUCUGGCGGUCAGCACUGCUGAUGGCAAGAUUCUGAUUUAUCAUCGUUACCAUGACUACUUGACGUUGCGGGCAGUUCGAAACUCCCUUCGUGUGACAGGGCUGGCGUGGUGUGGUGAAACCCUGGCUGCUGGCAGCAGCAUCGGGGGAUUGCAUAUAUUGAAGCUUCGACAGGUUGAUGGAAAAGACACGCUGACCUCUCUGCCAUCCGUUCCAGGUGGUAGAACACCUGUUACGGCUGUUUCAUGCUUUGAAAGGUGGGCUGCCACAGCGAGCAUGGACUCGCAUGUCCGUGUGUAUGGAGGGCCCCGGCCUACGUUGGACACACUCGUCUCUGGCGUGAAAGCUGUGGCUUUGUCAUCAAAGUACCUGGCGUCUGGGAGUGCUGAUGGGAGAGUGUCGUUGUUCCAGAGAGAGUCGUGGUUCCGGAACUGGCGCAAUGAUGCCCAGGAAGCUGUCCUCUCUGUGGCAUUUUCUGAUGAGAGGCUUGCCGCAGGGAGCGCGAACGGAAAAGUGUACCUAUACGAGGUGACUGACGGUCGUAACCUGAAGCUGAUGUCAGUUCUCAGUCACUCCCCGCAACCCAUCAGAGCCGUGGCCUGGUCCCGCGAAGGGGUGCUGGCUGCUGGGGGCAACGACACGAAGGUGCGGUUGUAUGCGCUGGAGAAAGACUGUGGAAGGGACGCUGGGUUCAAGCCUUCAAGUUCUCUGCCCUUUGCAUUAUAUUUUAUAUUGUAUUAUGUGUUAUUAUAUAUUAUAUUAUAUUAUAUUAUAUUCUAUUCUAUUAUAUAUUAA